AUGCCGCCGCCGACCAAGUAUAUCAACCGCUGGGAGGACAUCAAAGACGACGUCUUUGAAAUCAUUUACAACAUGAAAGCCCCCUUGUCGGCUGAAGACAAGGACCAGCUGGUGAAGGCCAUGCGUGAGCGUGGCUACAACAUUGGCUGGAAUGGCCUUCGGUACGUUAUCCUCCCAUUCUUUUUCCCUUCCUCUUUUCUUCGUCCGUCAACCCUCUUUCGUCCGCAAACGAUAUUUCGUCCGACAACGAUUGAAAUCAUCACAACAACCCGUUUGACCACGGACAACAUGGCCCGAAAGGUUACAAUUUGGGGCGCGGAGCAGAACCUGGCUGCGCUUCAGGCGAUGUACGAGUGGAUGAACCCGUCAAAGCAGGAUAUGAUCGAGAUCGCACUGGCUUGCCGGACCAAAGGCCAUCAUUUCUUGGGCUCAGCUCUAGCCUUUCUCUCAUACUCUUUCACAACCACCACCAGGCACACCCUGUCCUCAGCGACUUUACACCACCACCAGACACCCACUUCUUCACCAACAUCACCCAACAACAUGCCACCUGGACGUGCUCUUUCUGGAAAGCCGACCACGGUCUGGGAUCACGACGCACACCUGACCUUGCUUCAAGCAGUGAUUGUGCGUGGCGAGAUCAAAGCCGAGUGCUGGGACGCCAUCAUUGCCUACACCAAUCUCCGCGGCUACAACUACACCCAAGGCGCUGCACUCCAUUCACCAAGAAAAGUCGCAGACAUGGCCAUCGACAAGUCUCGCAUGAAGUGGGACCUCCAGGCCAACCACGACCUCCUCCUCUGUCUCGUCCAGGAGUUGAGCCCCUCCCAGGACCAGCUCAGAGCCGUGAUGGAACAAAUGCACGAACUCGGCUAUACUUGCACCGUCAAGGCCAUCACUCAGCACCUCCAGAAGCUCCGGCGCAAGGACACCGCCGCCAACGACGGUCCUGCCGAGGGAUCCAGCGCCAAUGCCCCUGAGACCCCCGCCAAGGCCCGUGGUGGCAAGGCCGCGGCCAAAAAGACUCCCGGUUCCAACAAGCGCAAGGGUCAGGCCGCCGCUGCUGGUGACAACGGAACCGACAAUGAGGAGGCCGAUCCCACCCCCGCCGCCAAGAAGCGUCGCGGUGUGAAGAAGGAGGCCCCCAAGUCUGACACGAUUGUCAAGAAGGAGGACUCGGAGGAUGACCAUGAUGCGUAUGGUCAGCCCCGCGCUGCCACGACGGUGUACUCGGCUGAUGCCUCGUAA